AUGCGAAAGCUCGACAGCAGCAAUAACAUGCCGCAACGAAAAACAAAAUCUUACAUUAUCCUUGUCGGGGAUCCUCCUUGCGAGGCCUACCCAGUUGAUAAGGACUUCGAGAGCCUCCUUCGGGCGGCCUCACCGUUACUAGCUACCAAGUUAGAUGAGCAGAAGGAAACCAUUCCUCUGCCCACAUUUGAACCACAAGAUUUCCGAACAUACAAAGAUUGGCUACAUGCCCGUCGCCUCGCACCUUGCCCUAAGAUUGGGCUCGAAGACACCACGGAGUGGCGACGCAUCUGCCAGGGCUACCUGCUCGGUGACCAUCUGCAAGAUUUUAACUACUGCAACGCCAUGGCAGAUGCACUGUUGCGCGCUGCUAGUAAAGUCACGGCAGAGCCAUCCAAGGAUUUUCUUGCCACUGUUGAGCACGUCUUCAGCGCCACCGGCAACGAUUCUCCAAUCCGAACGCUUUUGUUCGACAUCACCUUCCAUUGGGUCCGGUCGGGUAUCUGGAAGCCCCUUCUUGAGUCUUCGCCAAAAUUUACUGCCGCUUUAUGUAUAGAGCAGAUCAACCGCAGUGGCAGCAUCCCCCGAUCACUUUCCAGAGCUGGAGCCGAUAUUUGCAAAAACUUCCUCAAGGCGCAUCUCUAA